CACAGCCCUGCCGCCUGUUCCUGCUGCUGCUGCUCUGACUCUCUGCCACCUCUUUCCUCUCUUUUCUCUUCCUGCUAACCUCCUUUUCUUCUGACACUCCCUAUGGACACAAAUUGCCCUGAACAGCUCUCGGCAGAGCAGUCAAACCCCCUAGACGACAGUGUGUCCCUCAAUCAAAAUGGCCCGGGAAAGCAAGACGGCCAGCAGUCCUCCACCUCAGUCCAAGCACCAGAGCCAGAGACAAGUGUGCAUCCUGAGAAGGGAGCCCAGGAUGUCUCUGAAGAGCUGAGCCGGCAACUGGAAGACAUCAUUAGCAUGUACGGGUCUGCAGCUAGUCCCCCAGGGAAAGCAGGCGCCCCUGAAACUAGGGAGCAGCUCCCAAACACGGAGGCAGCGGACAACGAGGAUGCGGACUGUGAAGAAACCACCGAAGAGACAGACAGAGAACUCACUGCUGCUGAAGAGCCAGCCGCAGCCAAAGAGCCUGUCAGCAAUAAAGAGCAAAAGCUGGAAAAGAAAAUCCUGAAAGGAUUAGGGAAAGAAGCUAACUUGCUAAUGCAAAAUCUGAACAAGCUGCAAACACCGGAAGAAAAGCUUGAUUUUUUACUCAAGAAGUAUGCUGAAUUGCUGGAUGAACAUCGCACUGAGCAAAAGAAACUAAAGCUCCUACUGAAGCAGCAGGCACAAACCCAGAGAGAGAAGGACCAAUUGCAGAGUGAGCACAACAGAGCCAUCCUUGCCCGGAGCAAACUUGAGAGUCUGUGUCGUGAGCUGCAGAGGCAUAACAAGACACUGAAGGAGGAAACCCUCCAACGGGCACGUGAGGAAGAGGAGAAGAGAAAAGAGAUCACAAGUCAUUUUCAGACUACCCUGACAGAUAUCCAGACUCAGAUAGAGCAACAGAGUGAGAGAAAUAUGAAGCUCUGCCAGGAAAACACAGAGCUUGCAGAAAAACUGAAAAGCAUCAUCGACCAGUAUGAGCUCAGAGAGGAGCAUCUGGACAAAAUAUUUAAACACAGAGAACUGCAGCAGAAGCUGGUGGAUGCGAAACUUGAACAGGCUCAAGAAAUGAUGCAGGAAGCAGAGGAGCGGCACAGACGGGAAAAGGAAUAUUUGCUGAACCAGGCAGCAGAAUGGAAACUUCAGGCCAAAGUGCUGAAGGAACAGGAGACAGUGCUGCAGGCUCAGCUCACUCUCUACUCGGGAAGGUUUGAGGAGUUCCAGAGUACACUGACAAAAAGCAAUGAAGUGUUUGCCACUUUCAAGCAGGAAAUGGAUAAAACGACUAAGAAAAUGAAGAAGCUGGAGAAGGAUACAGCCACAUGGAAAGCACGAUUUGAGAAUUGCAACAAAGCUCUGUUGGACAUGAUAGAAGAGAAAGCCCUGAGAGCUAAGGAAUACGAGUGUUUUGUGAUGAAAAUUCAAAGGCUGGAGAACCUGUGUCGCGCUUUACAAGAAGAGAGAAAGGAACUCUACAAAAAAAUCAGAGAAGCAAAAAUGUCCGAAAAGGAAGAGCAGGAUCGGCACACCUCUGAUGAAGAGCCAGAGUCAAAUGUCUCUGAAGAUAAAGAAAUGGAUACAGAGGAAGUUAAUAGUGUUCAAAACGCUGUGGAAAACCUGGCCACAGCUUUUACCAUUCGUCAUCACCCAGAGUCCACCCCAGACCAAUCAGAGGAAAGACUAAAGGCAGUGAAUUGUCCUCAGAGCAUAAGAAACAUCACCGCCCAGCAGUCCGAACUAGCCCAUGUGACCCAUCUGAACCCUCCUACUGCUUCAGGGAGUCCUCAGCCUCCUCUGGGUUCUCAGGCUGGGGCCGAAGGGGUCUGUGAGGCCGCCCCUGCCCCCACAGGCGGCGGUACCCCUGCAGGGGCAGAGCUCCAGAGCCAGGGCCUCUCUGAUGGGAACCCCCCUGACUUGAAGCCCCAGGAGCCAGAGUCAAAAGCUUCUGGUGUGGCUCCACUGUGCCCAGCCCAGGGCUCCCUAGCCAUAGCGGAGGCAAAAUAUGCUCCUCCACCAUCACCAGAGAGUGAGGGAAAUCCCGCUGUGGAGCCUGGCUGUGAGCCUAGGGACCAGCCUGCACCAGCAGUCAAAGCCAUCCCCCUAAGUCCCACCGAGCUCCCCAUAGAGGCUGAAGCCUGUCUGCAUGGAGUAGAUUAAGCCUCAUUGAGUCCUCUGGCUGUUCACUGCAUCUUCCUCAGAGCUGAAUGUCUGUGAAAGAAAUUUCCAGGCCUAGGAAGAGAGUUUGGGUCAAGACAUUUUUAACAUUGUACAGAAAGAACACUGAGCCUUUGCUGCUGUUCACAAUUUAUAACUAGUGUGGAAGUUCUCUGUAGUUGCAUACUUUUCCCAUUGACAGCCCAACACACAAAUAGCAAAUAUAUAUUUCUUUUUCCAUUAAGCUGGCGCUUUACUCCAGUUACUUAGCAGUAAGAUUUGGUAUUUGAAGACUCCCACUACAACACAAAUACACCGAGAUGUUACAUUUAUUUCCACAAAUAAUAAGAUCUGUAACGGACAUCCAGGUUCCAUUUAAAUAACACAAUAUACAUUGUGCUUAUGUGUGUAUACGCUACACAUAUGUGUGGACACUUGUGGGCAAAUACAUUUAUGCCUACAUAUACACAUCUAUUUUCAUACAUGUAUGUAAAAUCAUCAUACAUUAAAAGUAUAUUUGAUUCCUUACAAAUUUUUUCUAUUGCAAGAUAUUUAUAUGCUAAUCAAAAGUUCUCUCUUUCCUGCACUCUGGACUACAGUAGACUAAUGCUCUAUGGAUUGGAAAUAGGUUCAGAACACAAAUAAGUAGACCAUCACUAGAGUGGCAAUAAAAAAGAAUCCCAACCUGAGAUAAAUAAACUCAACCAACUGAUCAAAUGACAGAAACAGCAGGUGUGUUAAAAAUCCCUGUGCAGAUGCCAAGUACACAAAGAGAACCACAAAAGACCUCUGAGCAGCAAAAGGAAUAAUCAAUCACAAGGAGGUGGUUCUAUUCUUUUAAUGCUUCUCUUGAUAUUCUGAGCCAGCUUCCUCCCGACUUCCCAGCAUCACUUCCCUGAGAUGAAGCAACCUCUUCCUGGCUAUCUGUGAGCAAAUGAUUGGAAAUAGGGAAAGAAUCUAGGAUGUGAAAGGUUAGGGUCCUCAGCCUAGAGGAGGCUGGCCCUGGUACCUGCCUCUUUGGCUGCUGAUAUCUUAAGAAAAUACUUCUUGCUGUCUCUAACCUUGUCUUUGUUUCAAAGCAUCUGUUCCUUCCAAAUUUUCUUCUCUGUAUCAAGUAACUAUGCCUGGCCCACAUCUCAAUGUUAAGUACAAUGUAUUUUUCCAAAGCCGAAAUCCACACAAGCUCUCAAUAGGAGGGAUAAGGCUUACAAAGCCAACACAUUUUCUGCUCUAAGGAUUUUUGUACAAGCAGAAGUACAAAAUUUUAAAGGCAGGGUCCCUACUCAUAUUUCAAAAAUAACACAUAAGGACUCCAUAGAUGUCAAAUGUUAGAAGAGCUUGGGAUUGUUACAGAAGUUUUACAUUCUCAAUGUUGACAACAGCCUCUAAUAACAUUGACAGCAUAAAUUGCUCUUCUUGGGUUAAAAAAAAAAAAAAAGACUAUACUAACAAAGCAGGAAAAGGUGGGAAGGAGGGAGACAGAAGGAGGUACUAGAGAGGACUGUCUAAUCUAACUCUAUGUUAAGAAGUUGAACUCAGGUAGUAAAAUGGAUACAGGAAGAUUCUUGAAAACUCAUCCAGGAAAUCAUUCUUCAGUUGUGCAUGUGGCUGUUUGCCAAGGCACACAAGGAGCUGGUAGGCAGUAGCCAUAUGUUAAAAGAAUUAUGAAACUGUAGAAAAUUUGUUUGAAGUAGACAGUAAGGGAAAGAACAAUAAUACCAUUUGAAAAAAGAAUCAGGGGGAAAAGCAUGCCAUUGUUUGAGAGCCCAUGUGUUUUCAGAGGCUUUGCAUAUUAUAACCACAUGGGUAUCCAGCCAAGUUCAGCGCUACUGGAAAUUAGACAUUCAAUUAAUUCAAAGCCAGAUAUUCUCUGUAAUAAUUCCUUCUUUCUGUUUACAGGAGUUGAGCUUCAAAGAAUGGAGUAGGAUCAUCACAGUUAGGUCUCAAACCAAAAGCUUAGGAAGACAAACAGGCAGAAGACACUGACAUCCAAUGGAUUAAGGAUUCUAACACCCAAAGUUUAUUAUUUUCAUCUAAAAGUGUUUCACAGGAACACAACAGUCACAACUAUGUGUGUCUUUGGCACAGUUUCAGAGGCUAUAACCUCCCUGAAAUCUGUAAAGCUUUAAUGAAGGCUUUGGGAGAAUUAUUUUAAUAGCCAAAGAACGUUUUAUUAUAGUUAUUUCUGUUCAAACUUGGCCUUACUAAUCAUAACAACUCAUAAGAUCUGAAAGGAGAAAAUAUGUAUCUUCUUUAUCAAGUUCAUGUAACUAUUUUUAGAGAUGCCAAGUCCUUCUAGAAAAACUGGAAUUAUUGCUUUCCAAAUGUAAUAACAUAAUGUUUAUACCAAUUAAAAAGGCAUUUCUUCCAAGUUCUCUAGUAGGUUUCUUUUAAUUUUUAAUUUUUUGUGUGUUUUAUUCUUGCAUAAUUCAAUAAUACCUAGCUAAAAUAUGGCUUUAUUCUAUUUUUAGUUGAGUUUGGGCUUUCUAAGUAAAAUGCAUAUGUAGUAAAUCUUUUGGGAACAUAAAGGAGAGAGGAGCUAAGGAAUAGAGGGAGAGGGAGAAAUCACAGCAAUAAAUAAGGCUAUAGUGAAAAACACUGAGAUCUGUGAAAGAAGAGCUGCAAACAGGAUGUCCACACGAAUAGCUUGACCUCAUUCCCUGCAAACACAAGGGCUAAAAGCUUAAUCUCCAAACUCACAUGGGUUUGGAGAUAAGACCUUUGGAAAACAAUGAAGAUUAGAAAUCGUGACUAGGACAUUAGUGGCUUCUGUAGGGAAAGAGAAACAUGAGCUAGCCCUGCUUUCUCAUCAUUUGAUAUAUGC